AACUCACUCCAUUUGACUUCAAAUAGUGGGCGGUUGAAUCUACCUCCACUAUCUGCUCCAUCAACUCCAUAUAAUACGAUUUCUCAUCUGAUACUUGCCAAGAGCUCAACGAAGAAUAAUGGAAGAGAAUAUAAGUUUGAAAGACCUAAAGCGAGCAGCAUCUCUUGCAAGAGAACGAGAACUAUUUGAAAAAACUGUACUUGUGGUGAGAGGACAAAGAAUGUCCAGGAGGAGAGUCCGAAAGGCAAAGAGUCGCCAGGAUGAUUACCUCUUCAUGAAAGCGCUUGUUGUUUCAAUAGAGACUAUGUGUGUUUUGUUUGUAUGUUUCAUGGGAAUUUUUACGUUCUUCGAGCUAAGAGAUGAUUCUGAGUCAUCCUUUUAUACUGCUCAGCUUUCCUUCGAGCUGACUAUGCUCAUCAUCGCGCUAGCAGUAGUGAUUUUCGAGUCUUGGUGCAUCCGCUCCUUGUUGAUUAUUGGUUUCGCGCUUUUCCUACUCUUGAAUAUCUUUCAAAUUCUGUAUUUCAUGCUAUAUAAUCAUCAUUCGCCAGUAUGCAUAAAUAUUAAUAUUUUGUGGUCAACUUUCUGUGUCUCGUCAAUGCUGCCCAUCAAACAUCAUAGCACAUUUGCUGCGGCGCUCCUCGCUAUAUUUCAUUUGGCACUACUCCUCUUCGCAGGGGCAGUAUCAGUUAGUUAUCAAGGCACAAUCAGCGAGAUAGUGCGAGACACAGAUCCGAGGCUCGUGUGGGAGUACGCUCGAAGAGAAAGGGAGCUCGAACGCCGACGUCAACGACGCAGACGACGUGAAAGCCGCCGACGUCGCAGAAGCACUAGAGAAAGAUCGCGUCGGUCACGACGCAGUCGUACCAGUAGGUCUGCAAGAUCGACACGAUCCGCUCGCUCUUCGCGGUCUGCCGUUGCUGCAUACGAACCGUCACUACGUUCUUCCUCUGAGCGCAGAGGCUUCCCAAGUUCGCCGAGACUGUCGCGUUACACUAAGCUGGAUAUAACAAAACUGCCGGAUGGAACCAGAUUCAGAACGAAUGACAACAAAGGCUUCAACAUGGAAUACUACGUCGAAGAUGGAGUGUUUGUGGGUUCUGGAACAGAGACUGUUAGCAAGAAGAUAAGCAUAUGUGCACCAGUGCGACCACGACGUAGGCGAAGAUCCGAGAUUGAGGCUUCUCCAAAACAGAGCAUCGAAAGCACAAACAGUCUGAUGGAGCAAAAACCACGAGAUCUGCAAAAGCAAGAAGCACACGACCUGUCGUAGAUAUGCAGUCAUCGCAGAAUAUGUUCUUUGUGCACAUCUAUCUAAAAGAUUUUCAAUAAUAAAAAC